AUGACAGAUUUCCUUGUUUACCUGGAAGAGGUAAUUCCACAGCUUGAGCACAUUCUCUUUCCGAUUAUUGAAUCCGAUCGAUUCCGAUUCUCCUCAAUUCCAUGGAAGUUCUCAGCUUCGAACUCUCCUAAAAAGAUUAGAACGUACUUUCUCAAAAGUAACCCAUGCUGCGUGCGGUUGCACAUCUCAGCCUUCGAAGACUUGGAUUCGAAAGUCGGACUCGAUCAACUUCACGUGUUGUCGUAA